AUGUCCGAGUUGCCAACUCCCAAUCUCAUUUUCCAGUUCAACAACUACAUAAGCACGGCGCUUGGGAUUGAAAAUAUCCUCCGGUUACUUCAGGCUCUCUCCCAAAUCUUAGCGACACAGCCAACAGUGGACGUCCUCGAAGUUGAACACUGGCGAAUUCUGGGAAGACAGUUCUCUCUGGGGCGCCGAUACUUUCGCUAUUUUCAAUUCCUCACGUAUUUUCGAAACGCAUGGGAUACUUUUAGUGGGAAGCACGAGAGUGUAAGCCGUCGUGGUCGCGCAGCUUUAAGUAUCGAAGUUUGCAUGCUUAGCUCCUAUGGAAUUUAUUUACUUUUAGAAGCUUUUACGAUUCUCGAUGCUUUGGGGGUUCAUUCUACAGAAUGGUCUCGAAUGAUGCUUGUCGAGGCCAACAAGUUCUGGUUCUAUGCAAUUCUAUUUUCAAUAUUGAGUAACGUUUGGCAGAUUAUAUGCGCCCAGCUAACAUUGGACACAUCCCAACUUGGCGGCCAUGAAGAAAGAAGGGGGGGGAAUGCUUCUUUAAAUUCAUCUAAGUCAAAAAAGAGCAAAAAGUCCGGUGCCGAAGGAAGCAUUACGGGGCAAUCAAAACGUACAGAGCUACACCCGAAAGCUUCCAGCCUGGCGCGAAAUCUUAUUGUCAAUGGAUGCGACCUACUUAUGCCAGGUGCAUUUGUUGGCUGGAUUGAUGUCUCGCCGCUAGUCGUAAGCAGCGCGAUGGUGCUCAGUACUGUGCUUGUUGGGAGAGACCGAUGGGUUAAGGCGCAAGGGAAAAUGUGA